AUGAAAUGGAUUGAUGAUGACUUUCAACUUAUGGAAAUACAACUCACAGCUUCCAAAAUGUCCAGAGAAAAAUUGUUUGUAUAUAUUGAGGAAUUAGAGAAAAUCUACCAAGCCAUACAAGAGGGUAUGAUCUCCGAAAACUGCCAUUCCAAAUACUCCCUGCAGACACUAUGUGUUUCGUGGGAACAACUACUGAUAUAUAUAAACCGCAUUAUGAAUAAACUAGAUAACCAGAUAUUGAACGAAAAAUCCACAGACACUGUUGAAAAAGUUAUUGCUUUUCUCCGAAUUCUGGCCGGCAACAAGGUAGAAUUUAAUAACUUUGUAUAA